UGUGCACAUUUUUUUUUUUUGUCCCGAUUAGCGGACUCCUGCCCAAGGCAAGCCGCGGACACCGCUGCUCGUGCGGCUAUUUAAGCCAAGCCGACCCUCACGAUGGCAUCAGACGUUGUCCUGCUUCUGUCACACCAACAUGAGGAUCCUGAACGUCAUCCUGCUGGCCGUGGUGCUGUUCCUGGGAGUGGUCGCCGCCGCCGCCAAAAAUGUGGUCCUCAAGCUGGACAAGAACACAAUGAGUCACGAGCAGUUCGGCGAGCCGGGCAAAGCUGUGCACGGCAGGUACGCGUACGAGGACGCCCAGGGCACCUGGCACACCGUCAAUUACAAGGCUGACCACACUGGCUUCCACGUCCUCAAGUAGGCGCUGACGACAGCGACGCCUUCCGAGGCCCGGCCGACACCAACACUGCCGGCGGCGCCGACCUCUGUCACCUUUCCAGGGAGCGGCUGGCGCUACUUUCUACAUCACGACCUCUCUCUCUCUCUUCUUCUCUGUCAGUCCCAUGAACUCCAUGAAUCGCCUUUCCUAAAUAAAACCAUCUCAAGUUU